GUCGUCGUCCGUUGUCCGUUGCGUUUUUUGAUUUUCUAUAAAUGUAGUUUUUCAUCUCAAAAAGAGUCUUGCUCCCGCUACUCUCGUAUACAAAACGGCAAAAUCUCCUUUUUCUUUGAUCACCUUACUUACUUACUCGUACUCCGUGCAAGAAACCUUCAAUUCGCGGUUUUUACGUCGACGUCUGUGUGUAUCUCAAGUCGUGUUUAUAUGUGUGAAAGAAAGAGGUAUGGAAACAUUUUUAACGAAGAGGUCUUAAAAAUUUCCUCUCUGGCUAAAAUCAACAGUUGCGCGGACGCGAACAGCAUAAUAAGAUCGUCUUUUACGGAACGGAUCGCGCAAAAAAAACUUCAAACUUAAUCUCAUCAAAUCCAAUCAAAAAUAUAUCAAUCCAAGUUCAAUAGAAAAAUGUAUCUUUUAUUCAAAGAUAUCAAAUGAAAAUACACUGAUUUAUCAACAAAAAAUAAAUAAUAACUUCCGUGAUAGAUACUUUUUUAUCUAAAAGAUACAAAUUUUUCUUUUUUUAUUUCUAUGCAUAUAUCGAAAAAAGGUGGUUAUUUUAUUUUCCUCAAGAUAAGAAAACAAAAAUAUAUACCUACCUUGCCAAGGCAUAGACUAAGUUGAAACUCGUUGUGGUUGUGUAUAUUUUUCUAUUUAUUUUAUUUGCGAGAAGGAGGAAGAAAUUUGUUGCAAAGUCCCCAGCAGCUUUAGCGGACUCAACUUAGAGCUAAACACAAAAAAAAACAUUCUUGGAGCAAAAUUUUGUGGUGCAUUUUCCUGGUCACAAUCCCAGUCGCAGGUCUUUCAUGUACAAGUAUUUUAUAUAGUGCGCGUCGUCGGCAGCAGCAGCAACAGCAGCGGUGGCGGUCCUCUGUUGAAUUUGCGAAUUGCGAGUUGCGAAGCUCCCCCUCGAGUGUUUAUUAACGGUGCAGUGAUUCGAAAAAAUUCGUAUCCAUAUUCGUUUACAUUCUGCGCUAGCGCUAGCAAAUAGGUUCACCAACUAUACCAACUAUCUAGCAGCUCAGCUAAAGCUACUUACACACUAUCUGGCCAGAAGAAACAACUUGUUUUGAUGGUUGUUUUCUUUUUGUAUCUUUUUUAACACGUUUUUGCUGCACAAUUCCAGUUUUGAAUUUAUAUUAAAAUAUUUUCUACAUACGAGUAUCUGAUAAAUAAAUUAAUAAUAAAAUAUAAAAAAAGAAUUGGUUAAACGAGCAGAAAAACCUAACCAAGUCUAGGUUUACUCUUCUGUGGAAUGUGAGAAAAUUAUGUAAAUCAAAUGUGCACCGCCGGGUUGGUUUUCUAUUCAAUCUUAUAAUAAUUUUUGUAUCUUUUUGUGAAUUUUAUUUUGUAUCUGUAACUUGUUUAACUGCGCUAGCUCUGGCUUUGGCUCUGGCUGACUCUCUGACUGUGUCGCCCUCCGAUUGAAGAAUAUCAUAAUCGAAUGCAUCUCUCACGGAAAUGGAAUUUUCGUUGUCGUUGUCGUCGCUGGUUUUUGUGCUCGAUUAACGUGUCGUUUAUGUGAUUUUCGGUUUCUGUGAUACCAAUAAAAUCAACUGUUUGAACAGAGUGAUAUUUCAACAAGAAUAAGAAGAAUACAAAAUUAAGUUAAAUUCUAUCUUUGGUGCUAAAUUUGUGUGUUUUUAAAAAUAACACACUGGAUUUUGUUUGAAUUAGAUAGUUUUUUUUUGUUGGAUUAAAACGUAUACGAAUAAACUUUAUGGAUUAAAACGAUCGUUUUUCUAGAGUGAAAGAUACUACUUCCUCGCAUAGGCACACCAUAAUAUUGCCAAUAAAAUUAAAAAAAUAAAAACAACUUACGGAUACGUAACAUGUGUAUACGACAUUUUUCUCUAAUGUAAUUUAAGGCCAAACAAAAUAUUGUGAACUAGCCUACUUUGUUUCCAUAAUUUUGUUAUUAUGUUUUGUUUUAUUUCUUAACCUUAAUAUUUGAAAAUAUUUAAGAAAUUUCUUGCACCUUUUGUACCUUCUACGUGUGUAUAUGAGUUUUGAAAAAAGAGAAGGUUUAUGGUGCAACAAAAUAGAAAUGUCAAUCAAUAUGUCAAAAAGUUACUAUUUUCAUUGUGGUACUAAUAAUAAUAAAUUAGUUUCGGAUAGUGCUAGUGUCGGUAGCUAUAAAUAAGUUGAUAUAUAGUAUAAAAUAAAUUGUAUAAUAAUUUUUGCCAUGGUUAUGAGAAAUAAUAAUCAUCAUCAAGAAGAUCAACAACAACUACAACAACAACAAUUGCAGCAAGAUCAACAUCAGCAACAUCAACAACAACUACAACAACAAGAGCAAUAUAAAGCACAACAUAAAUCUACACUUGUCAUUAUGUCAAUGAAAUCACAAACACAAAGUGUCAAUUUAAAAAAUAAAGAAAACUCAACUGCCAUCAUGCGGAAACAGUUUACACCGAUUUCUGACAUAAGCAGUGGAAGCUUUAGCUCUGCAUCCGUAGCUGGAUCUAUUCAGGACGACAACAUGAGUGAUCAAUGCAGCUUGACACAAGCUGGCCUAGAGGAAUACAACAGCCGAUCGUACUAUGAUCAAGCCGUCUUCCAUCAUCAGAAGCAAUCAUCGUAUGCCCAAUCGGAAGGCUAUCACAGUUAUGUGUCCAGCUCGGAUUCAAGUUCAGCAACACCAUUCUUGGAUAGACUGCGUCAAGAAAGUGAACUGCUAUCCCGUCAAUCACAUCACUGGUCACAAAAUGACCUUUCGACAGGAUCAACCACAACAGCCCCAGUUACGGCAGUAACAACAAAUGGCAAUUUGAAUGCCGGAACUGUUGGUGGUGGCGGCGGCGGCGAACAACAACAAAACAGCCAUCCUCUCCUACAUCGCCACCAUCACCAUCAUCAUCAUCACCAUCAUCACAAUUCGUCGGCUAACAGUCCAAGCAAUGGCAGCGGCGGCGGUGGUGCUGGUGGAGGCAAUACCAUCAGCAACAACGGCUCCACCACCAACAACAAUAGCUCCGAAAGUCACUCGUCUACGGAAACGUUAAAGUGGCUUGGUUCAAUGAGCGACGUUUCGGAGGCAAGUCAUGCAACUGGCUAUUCAGCGAUUUCGGGAUCAGCAUCUUCGUCACAACUAAUAGUGCACAGCUCGCGCGUACUUACCCCAAAACGGCACCAGAGUGAAAGUGUCCUCUACAUGAACGAUGAUCAGCAGUUGAGUCCAACAGUCUCUGCCAGCAAUUCUCCCACAAGAAUGCCAGCCAUUAGCACAAGCCCGAAUGGAAGUGGUGGCAGUAGCGGUUCCGCUAGUAGUGGAGCGAUAUAUAUGUCACAUCAUCAGCAACACUACCCCAACAUGCCCCCUCAAACGGCGUCAUCGGCUUCGACGUUGUCAUUGUCACCAGCGAGUUGUGGCUCUUUGACAAAAGGUGCAGUGGCUGUGGCAGCGGCAACAGCAAUCUCGUCAUCCUCCCCAACACUGCUCUUUCCCAAUCACGCUGCUGUUGAUCAGAUGAAUAAAUCAAGUCUAUCGGUGACAAUAUCGGGAGCUGCAUCGCCAAAUGGUAGUGCGAUUGGAAUUGGAGCGAGUACAGCCAUAAACGAGCAACAAACUCUGCAUCAGUCGUUGCUGUCAAUUGCUCCAUUGUCACCAUCACUAAUGUCGUCCGCCACCGCACCACUGCAAAAGUCCUCAUCUGCAUCGCCAACCUUAUCUAUGGCAUCUCUUGCGGUGGCCGUCACGUCUUCCACCAAUCUCACAGCAUCCUCCUCGCCUUCGUCGAGUUCCAGUUCCUUCUCCUCGAACACAUCCUCCGCCAUGACGACCACAUCCAGUUCGUCAUAUCGCAACAACCACCGGCUCUUUCCUGUUUCCACAUACACAGAGCCUAUCAGUGGGCCACAACAACCGAAUGGACCAAAACACGUCCAUUUGCAACACAGUCAUCAGCAAGCUGCUGCACAACAGCCCACUCCCCAGCAACUACCACUUCACUAUCCGCAAUCCAAGCUAAGUUCGCCACAGCCAACGAGUUGGCAGUCAGUGGCUGAUCGAAUCAACGACUUUGAGCGGCAACAGCAGCAUUUGCAUCAUCACCACCAUCAUCAGGCGAACAGUGCGGCGAUGCAGAAGUACACAUUUAUCGAUCCCAGCAAAACUCAUCGAGUUUCCAAUCCAGCCUUGAAGGCGUUCCAAAAAAACGCCGUCCAGUCGUACUUCGAGCGACAGCAGCAACAAUCCAAAGAAAACCUGAAGCACAGUGCCAGUGGCAACAACCUCCUGCGGCCGCAUUCCUUACAACCAACUGGUUCCCCCAAGGAAGUGUCCAACACUGGGGUGGCCAGGAGUUCGUUGCCAAAUAGUGUCGGUCCAGCGGCUAUGCCAUCACGCUACUCCAACCAUCAUCAGCUGUCGAAUCCAAUCAGUAGUGACAUAUCGUUUCCUGAUUGCGGUAGUUCGCCACCGCCUCCUCCGCCACCACGAUCCAGAUCACUGAUGCCAGUGCGUCGCUCCUCUUCUGCCUCCGAGUAUGCAGAAUUUCGAGAUCAGUAUCAUCGAGCGGCGACACAGGAGAAUCUCCAAGCACAGUCGGUUAAGAAUGUCACCGAACCGGAAAAGCUAUCGUUCAAUGACUGCGGUAUGCCGCCACCACCUCCACCGCCUAGAGGCAAAGCUUCUCUCUCAGUGAGACGCACCUCAUCCGCCUCUGAAUAUGCCGCAAUGCGGGAGAAAGCAAUGCAACACGUUGCCAACCAGCAGCAAUACAUCCAGCGGCAACUGUCGAGUCCCAUGGGACUACCUCCUGUCUUCCUUACCGAUGAGUGGGUGCCUGAGAGGCCUCCAAAGAAUCCGAACUUACGCAUCCCCAGUCCAGACCUACCACCUCCACCGGCAUUGAUAACCGUCGACACUGAGAGUAAUCUGUCCAACCAGGACGAACCCUUGCCACCACCUCCUCCAGAAAUCCUACGCCAACCACCACCGCCUAUAAACAAACCACUCUCACCAAAUAGACGCAACAGUUUUGCUGGCUCACCAUCCCGCAAAGCUUUCUUCAAUGCCCUACCACCGCCACCUUCAAUACCCAAGAAGCCCUCGAACAUGGAUCUUAUGCACUCGCGACCUGCUUCCAGUAUGGCCCAACAGUCCAACAAGGCACACAAAAUAAUCCUUAACGAGAAACUAAUGAGCUCUCCCAUGGCGGGUGAUCAUAAAUCUGUGAUGGUAGCUAGAAAACGUCCUCAUAACAAUCCGGCUGUGAUUCCUCCGAUUCAAGAGAAUCCAGGAAUGAAUUUCAAUAAUAUCGACACAAAUAAUUGUAGUUCAAAUCAUAAGAAAUCACCCCCAAUCAGAAAUGAUGGAUUGAAAUCUUCACCACCGCCGCCACCGUUGAAGCCGAGAAUGCCGAUUAGCAGUCAGCCGAUGCAACCAAUUGCUAUUAGCAGUAAAUUAAGGUGUAACUCAAAAGCAUCCUAUCUGCCACGCCAGUCAUUGGAAAAACUUAGUUCCACCGAUCCUGAUCAUGGCAGCUAUAAAUUAACCCUAACUUCCAAUGAAGACUGUGUAACGCAACACAACAGCCCAAACAGUAACAACAAUAGCAGUAACAAUAACACAAAAUCAGACCUCAUUAAUGGCGGAAAUAAGUGCAACAAUCUGCCCGAUGUACUGCCAGUGGGUGCAAAGCUACAACCAUCUUCACCGACUUCAGCAACUGGUGCAUCCCAGAGAUAUGGUUCAAAUAAUAGCCUUUCACCAACAUCUCCCGGAACACCAAAUUAUCCACCUCCCCCGUAUCCGAAUAUGAAGAUGUUCAUAACGAAGCCAUCUCUUCCGACCAACAGCCGGCAUUCUUCACCACCAGUGACAGCUUAUAUGAAUAUGAAUAACUCCUCAAAUGCUGGUGGUGGAUGUGGAGGUGGCAGUGGUUUUAAUCGAUCUCAAUCUUAUGAUGCCAGCAGUCCUAAAUAUAUGUCACAGUCAACAAUUGAUUUAAAGAAAACUCAAAUACUUGAGACACCUGAAGAGCAGCCAAACUGCAAUCACAGCACAGACAAGGUCUUGUCUCCGGCACAGUCUGAGAGUAAUAUAAACUCGUUUACACCUCGCAAGGAAUUCAAGGAUUUCCAUCGAUCUGAAGUUGUUAGGAAACUAAGUCUCGAGGAACGUGAUCCUGGUGAGGGCCGAAUUGUGCGUGCCGAACUAGUGAACACAACUCUAUCAAACUCCGAACACAAGAUUACCCGCAAAGAUUCCCUUCGGGAAAACAUCGAAAAAAUUACGCAACUCCAAUCAAAGUUGAUGUCAGCACAUACCCACGCAUCCUCAGCUAAAUCAGUCCAAAGUCCACCACCACCGCCUAAAACAGAAGUAGUUGAAAUGCAAACUCAGACACCAGAACUACCCGAACCACCGGAGUCUCCUCUGCCACCGGCUCUGCCAAGUACACCUCUGCCUUGUGAAAUGACCAUCAUCUCACAAAUGGAACCCACCACAGACGGCUUGAAAUUAAUGCAACGAACCGAAGUAAUCCUGCGUGUAAACCCAGUUACCAAUGAAGUUGGUUCCCAAACCGACGAACUGCUUGAAUUGGAUGCAAAUCGCAUCAAACUCAACGAUAGUCGGGAUGACGCCUUACAGCGUACAACCCUACAGCCCCGUCAGAAACACCCCAUCGAAGUUGAAUGUGAUAGAAUGUUCAAGGAACUAGCCAGUCUUCUGCCUCAAAACGAUAGACUUUUGGAGAUCCUCGUUCCACAGAGUUGCAAAACCCCCACAGAUUACAUUGGCAAGCUAUAUAAUCCCGAUGUACCACUGAGACCGGCAAAGCGAGACGUCGGCACAUCUACACCCAGUGAAAGCAGUUCUAGUACACCAAAGUUCGAACUGGAAUUAGCUGAAAUUGAAGUUUCACUGACAAACGGUGCUAGUGAGACAAGCUGUGAUCAUCUUAUUAGAAAGAAGGAGGAGCUCAUAAAUCAAAUAACGCGAAAGCUAGAAGUCCUUAAUUUAGAACAAACGGCCAUCGCAGAAGAGACAUCAACUAAUGAUGAACUUGGUAGCAGUUUGGCAGCUAAAGUUGCAGACAAUAUGCGUCCUAUUGACGCCACAAAGUUCCGAACCUACAUCGAUGAUGUUGGUCAUAUUACAAGUUUGCUACUUAGCCUAUCAGGUCGUUUAGCCAAAGCUGAAAACUCAUUAACUGCCUUAGAUAAACAAUGCCCAGAGAGUAAAAUUCUCAUUCUUAAACGCGACCGACUUGUCGAUCAGCUAGAAGAAGCCAAACGCCUUAAAGAAGACAUCGAUCGUCGAGGGUCCAGUGUUGCCGCUGUUCUAGAAAAAAAUCUUACCACAGAUGAAUUCGCUGACUAUGACUAUUUUAUCAAUAUGAAGGCAAAAUUAAUUGCCGAUUCGCGUGAUAUUGCUGAUAAAAUUUCAUUCGCUAAAGACCAUUUAAACGCAUUAAAUGAUGCGCUUAUCCAAAGUGAUUGUUGAGCGCGCCAGUAGAUUCUCUUCACAGAGACACUGUGUGUGUGCCAUAAGAAAAUAUAAUAAAAAUGGUUACCAAACUAUGCCGCUGGUUAGCCUUAUCGAUGAUGCAAUUUCCGAGCCCUCAACAAGAGAAGUUGAGAGUAACGUGAGAUCAGGAGCCAUCUUUAACAAAUAAACUUUAUGUUUGGAAUAAAAAAUAUCCCAGGGCCUUAUUGUGUAAAAAUGUAUUCUUUUAAGUUUUCUUCUCCUAUUUAUCAUUGAUGGUGCUCUUUAAGAAAAAACUAAAUAAAACAAAAAACGGUUUAGCCAUUCAAAUUUGUUGGUAUUAAAUUAUAACAAAAAAAAUGCUACUACAAAAUGCUUCUUGUAUUAAAAUUGCAAGGUGGCAACUCGAUUCAAAUGUCAAAGUGACAACAUUUCAAAACACGAGCUGUCGUUUGAUGUUUGAAAAGUUUCUGCAAUAUUUUAUAUAAAUAACCGAAGAAUGUAUGUACAGAGCUUAGUGAUGUUUGAAAAAAUAAACAACGUCUUAUAAUUUAAGAAAAAAAAUAAUUAUUAUUAAAAAGAAAAUAUAUAAAUACUACAUAUUAUUUUUUAAAUGUUGUUUUUGUGAUUUUACCAUACGAAACUUAAGUUAAGAUAAUUUUAUUGUUAAUUAUAUAAAGUUCUGUUAUAGAGCACUUAAGAAAUAUUCUUCUAUUAUAAACAAACAUAAUUGUUUAAUACCUAAUUACGAAGAUAGUUUUGUAGACCAUCUUUAAAAAAAAUAUAUAAAAUUUGUAAUUAAUGAAAAAUUCAAUUUAAGAACAACAACUACACGUGUAUAUUAUAUACAGACUCUAAUGAUAAUGUAUGUAAUUGAUCAAAAUGCUAUUUUUUAAAAAUAAAAUAUUAAAAUAAAAACCAUGAAAAUUUA